AUGGCGUCAACAACAGGACUUACUCGGUCAACUUUUGCCAAACUUUCACCUCAUCCUUAUCUACUUGCCAACCUCAAGCCCUCUUCCAACGAUGUACGCCCGGCUCGAAGCAACGGCCGAGCAUCAGACGAGGUCCGCGCCCCAACAGUGAACGCUUCGAGUUUGUCCCACGCAAACGGAAGUGCCGUGGUGCGUGUGGGCGACACAACCGUCAUCUGCGGUGUGCGAGCUGAGACUAUCCUGACCCAAAACAUUCCGAGCUACCGCGCUGCCAAUACCGAAACCGAGUUGAAAGAGUACGACCUGCUUGUUCCCAACAUUGAGCUCGCUACAGGAUGCGCCCCUCAAUUUCUCCCUGGUGGCCCGCCAAGCACUCUUGCGCAGACUCUCAGCACACGGAUAUACUCUCUCCUCCACAGCUCCAAGAUUAUCCACCCCGAGGAUCUACGAAUAUGGCACACAGCACCCUCGGAAGACUUCGAAGCUGCCGAGGAUCGCAUGGAAGAGGAUGAUGCCGAGACAGUCAAUGAGAACCGGUCUGUUGUGGCUUACUGGGUACUUUACAUCGAUAUCUUCUUCAUUUCCUUUGACGGAAACCCAUUUGACGCCGCUUGGGCUGCCACCAUGGCCGCACUACGAGAUACAAAGCUCCCCGGAGCUCGUUUUGAUCUGGAUCGAGAGAUGAUCAUCUGCUCCCGCAAAGAUUCAAGGCCUCUCAGCAUCACCAGCAUUCCAAUCGCCUGCACAGCAGUCGUCUUCACUGGCAAGGAAACCGACCGACCCACCGACGGCGAGUUCUGGAUGCUCGUCGAUCCCGAUAGACUCGAAGAGUCACUUUGCGACGAGAGUGUGACAAUUGUGGUGGAUUGCAAGGACGACGAUGUCAACAUCUUGUCCAUUUCAAAGCACGGAGGAAUUGCCUUGACCCCUCAGUUUCUCACAUCAGAACAAUUCCUGGGCUGGGCGACGAAGCGAUGGGAACAGUUCAACGCGGCCAUUACUCAGUCGUAG